UGGAGGGCGGCGGUGACGGAGGCGAGGCGCGAGGCGGCGGCGGCGGCGGCGGCGGCGGCGGCGGCGGCGGCGGCGGCGGGUCUCGGUGAGCGGCGGCGGGAGGAGGAGCAGCGGCGGCGGGAGGAGGAGCAGCGGCGGCGCUCGCUCGCUGUUGACGGGAGCGCUUUUGAGCCUGGGAGCCCAUGCCACUGCGACCGGCUCGGCGGCGCGCAAGGAAGCAGGCGCAGCGGAGGCGGCCUAGCACCGGCUCGGCGCCGGGCGGUUGCGCUGCCCGCGAGCCGCGUCCUGAGCCUCGGCAGCGCGCUGCGCGGCGCGGCGCUCGCGCUGCUUCU